AUGACGGUGUUCCGCGUGAACGAGGAUCUCCUCCAGCGAUGGCUCCAGGACACUUCCACGUCUACGAGAAUCGUGAGAAGUACAAGUGUGACAGGAGAAGAUCAUGUGACUCCCCUGUGGGGAGAAGUAGAGCCUUCCUUCGACAACGAUACCUCGGACCCUUCCAAUGACACUCUCCUGCUCAAUGUCACACAAUCCAUAUCCGAAGAUGAAGUUCUCGGAGGAUCCAAACAUUAUUAUUUCCUCGUGCUGUUGGUGUUUUCCGUGUUUACCGUGUUCGGGAAUGUGUUGGUCAUCCUCAGCGUGGUCAGGGAAAGGACUUUACAAACUGCUACCAAUUAUUUCAUCGUCAGUUUGGCCGUCGCCGACCUAUUAGUCGCUGCUGUCGUCAUGCCCUUCGGCAUCUACUUCCUUGUGAGUACUUUCUUUUUCGAACCUAUUCUUCUUAUUCAUUCCUCUCAACGGAUGAGGAGUCGGAGCCUUGAGACGCAUUCAUUCACAGGGGCAUUUUCUUGCAGCGAUUUACGUUUCAGAUCUUGA